GUUGUAGUUGUGGUUAUUUUAUUAUUAAACUAAAUUAAAUUAAUUUAUGUUUAGAUACCAUUUUCAUAGUUUGAUCUAAAAUAUGUUAAUGUUUUUAAUUUUUUUCGUGUAAAUUGUAAAUAUUCAAACAAAUGUUGCGAUGCUUUUACGGCUUUACGAUAGCUAAAUUUUUGUAUCAUGUCCAAUUUAUCAUCUUCGAGCAAUAAAAAUCACUCAAAAAAGGUCAAUAGUGGAAGAGAACGCGAUAAAAAUAAGCCAGUUGCUUCAGAAUCUGGAUCUAGUCAGUGUGAUACUCCUCCACUAUUGGAAAAGGAUGGGGGUUCAGUUCAGGGGAAGUAUGCGGGUGUGGGAGCUGACUCGAUACUGUGCAUUGCAGAGCAGGUUGCCGCUGAACUCACAGGGGAGGCAGCUGCCAACUUGGCGGAGGAUAUCAGCUAUAAACUGCGUCAAACAAUAUCUACAAUUGCAUUACAUAGUGAAAUGAUGAAGAAAAGCCGCAUUGAUUCUUGGGAUGUGAAUACAGUGUUUACCCUUUCUGACACAAGUCCAUCAAUUGGGACCACAAAUAAUGUUUAUGCACCACUAGGGGAAGAAAAAUUGUGUUUUCAAACAGAAAGUAUAUUGAAUGUGACUGAAUAUGCCAUGACCAGCCAGACAUAUGUCUUCUCUACACUGCCCUCUGUUUCUGUAGAAUGGAUAACAGAUGAUAGAAGUUUAAGUAGCAACAGUAAUAUAAGUUUUAAUUUACAUAAUUACUACACUAAUGUCGCCAGAGCAAUACUAAACUUAAAGAAGAAACCAAAACAAAUAGCUGUAGACGAUCUUAUGACAAACACAAGGAUUGGUCCAAUCUUCCCGAACCUGUUCAAUUUGGCUGUGUUGGUACUGAACGAUGAUAACCUAAAAGCUCUCAAUGUUCCCGCCAAGAAACCUCUGCAGUCAAAUGUAUUAGAUAUGGUGGACGCUUUAUGUUCAAAUCCUUGUAGUUUAGAUACGAAUAUACAGCAACAAUUCCAGAGAUUAUUUCCAGUGAUGGUGUCAAAUAUAUUAGGAAAUGGAUCACUUGCGGAGAAAAUGGUUGCUAUACUUACUAAAAUCACACGUACCUGGCCUUCCUUUAUAGCUAUAGGUAAAGGCAUUCUCUUCGACUAUUUAUCUCAAGGCACCAAGGAGCGUCUGACUGCGCCCAUGAUCCGCUGUGUGAUGGCACUCGGCAGGCAGGCUCUCAUCUCCUGCCUCGCUGACUAUCUGGACCACUUGGAUACAUUGAUACAUGCUCCUAGGCGGAACCACGCCAUGGCAGACCUCAGGGAAACUAUACUUGAUGCGUCGACAUGUUUACUAAGAUCUGAACCCACCACAUUCCUAGAAGACUUUGUGACAACGGAUUACACACUUUAUGAGAUGCUCGGAGACUCUAUAAUGCCACGACGGACUCUCUUCCCUUACAAAGGUAAAACAACGACAUGUCAGAACACAAAGGAAAAAUCUCCAGAAGAAGAAUUCUCUUUUUUGCCUCUAAGACCACCGAUCGUAAUUACGCGCGCCAAAGUAAGAUUGUUGCCAGUAACAAGAAAAGUGAAAACGUCGCACCAUAGAGACGAAGUAUUCGAACCCUGCAACUUUACCAUAGACAAGUCACGAAUCUUUUUAAAGAUCAAGAACUGUAGAUCCAAGGAGAUACCACAGAUAAUGUGCCCUGACAGAAAUCAUAUCAGUGUUGCCAGGAACGGCGUGCUUGUAUGUAGCGGAGUUUUAAAUAGAUUUAAGUACAGACUGAAAAAGAGCAAUAACGCAUUUCCAAUAUUUGGAGUUUUUACGUUAUAA